AAUCCCCGUUCAGUCAAUCAAUCGACUAACGAUGAGGGUACUAUCAGCGUGUGUCGUGUUAGUGCUGACGCUCGUCGCCUCCAGUCAGGCGGAGAUUACACGCCCGGAAGAUAUUAACUGGGCCGAGGUACGUCCGGUGCAGGAGAGCCCUCGCUUCAAGGCGAACCGUGCAGCGAGCUUUGUUGAUCGGUUUUUGGAGAACUUUGAGCCGGUGCAACCGCUACCAGCGCCGGUGCGCAGUAGCCGCAUCAACAAUGGCGUCAUCGUAGGUCCUACCGAUGUACCGUACAUCGUCGGUGUGCUCGUGUCGGUCGAGCACGGAACGUACUUCUGUGGUGGUGUGCUAGUGUCGGCCUCACACGUCCUUACGUCGGCCACCUGUGUGGAGGGUCAAUCGUCCAUCACGGUACUGCUUGGUGCGAGUGACAUUACGCGCGCUCAGGACUUUAUCGUUGUGAGCCACGUCCGGGUGCAUCCGGAUUUCAGUUCCUUCUUCCAGGCGAAUGAUCUGGCCAUCCUGACGCUUUCCCGUGAGCCACGAUUCAACGAACAAAUUCAAAUUGCACGUCUCCCGCGUCGGGCUCAGGUGGGUGAAUCGUUCGCCAACGUCUGGACCACGAUCAGUGGUUGGGGUGAGACGGCUUCCAACACUGGUGAGGCUCUGCCGAUGCAGCAGCUGCGUUCCGUCCGUUCGCAGGUCAUCUCGAACUUUAGCUGUACGAUCAGUUUCCCGCUUUAUCUGAGAUCGUCCAAUGUUUGCACCUCGUCCGACGGUGGCGCUCCGUGUGUGGGCGAUGAAGGGGGUCCAGUAACGAUUGUCGAGGACGAUGGACAGUCCACGGUGAUUGCGAUACAUUCGUACACGUACUCCCGUGGAUGCACUCGCAGCUGGCCGGCAGUUCACACGCGCGUCACCGACUAUCUCAACUGGAUCGAGAUCUAUACCGGUGCCAACAUUCGGGCAUAGAGAGCGUUACUCGAUCGAAAGAGAUCAAUAAAUAUAAAAACUUUGCGUAUAAUUGUA